AUGGCGGCUCGCAGCGCCGCCGACAUUGCAGCGGCGGCGAACGCGCAUCUCGAUGCGGUGGCCGGUGAAAAUGCGAUGGAUUCGCAAGCGGCGGCGGCGACCGAGGGCCCGCAGGUGGCCGCGGCCGGCGACGCCGGUGCAGGGGCGGGGCUGCGCGGGCCAAAGGGCAGCACGGCAGACGAGGGCGGCGACAGCUCGGCGCAGCAGGCGCCGAGCGCCCGGCGUCUCGCCUCAACUGCCUCGUUGCUGGUGCAGCAGCGACGCAGCUCGGGCGUGCAGACCAGCAACAGGGGCAGCAGCAAUAACAGCGGUGGCGGGGAUGACUCUGCGAUACUGACUCCAGACGUGCAGCAGCAGCAGCAGCAGCAGCAGCAGCAGCAGCAGCGGCGGCAGCAGCAGCAGCAGCAGCAGCAGCAGCAGCAGCAGCGCCGCGCUCGUGCAGCAAGCCUCACGUCGGAGGCUGCAGCAGACCCCCCGCCGCCGCGGAUCGCACCCAUGCUCGCCGGCCCCAGGCCCGGCGGCGCCGGCGGCGGCGCGCGCCCGGCGCCGCGGCUCGAGCCGCCGACGGCUGAGGAGCUGGCGGUGGUGCCGCCGCCAGCGCUGCCACCCGUGGUGGACUUGGCCCAAGUGCCGGCGCGCGCGCUGCACGCGCGCUUGGAACGCGUGUGGGGCCUGCUGGGCGUGCCCGCGCCGGCGCGCAUGGGCAUGGUGCUGGCCUUCAGCGCUGACAAGGAGGCCGCGUUGAGCUUCGAGGCCGCGCUGCGCGCCUGGGAGGCGGCCGCCGCCGCGGUGCUGCAGCGGGAGGCGCUGCUCGAGCGCUUGGCGCGCGCGCGGCGCGCGACGCUGGAGGGGCGGCGGCGGCGGGAGGCGGCGGAGGGGCGCGCGAGGGAGGCGGCGCGGCGCGCGGCGGCGCUCGCGCUGGCCGCCGGCUGCCGGGUCAGCGACGCGGGCGACGGCGUUGCGGCAGGGGCCGGUGCGGCGCUGGGGGGCCGGUCGGUCGAGGAAUGCCUGGGCAUGAGCCUAGAGGGUGUCGGUCACCUUGUUUGGGCCUUCCAGGUGGCUACGGCUCAUGUGGAGGCGGCCAGGGCGGCGCUUGCACGGGAUGCGGGCGCCGAGCUGCUAGUGGAUGGGGCCCCCUACCCGGGGCCAGGGGCGCUGGGGCGCGAGCAGCUAGAGGCAGUGCUGCGGGAGGCGUGGGAGGUUUUUGGAUGA